AUGGCCAUGGGGUCACGAGCAGGAACGGUGCUCUUCCCCCCCGCUUUACAAGGCGUGGGCGAGGCCACGACCGCGGAGGAAGAGCUCGUCGAGCCGGAGCUGUACGUCACGACGCGGUCGUUCCGCGCGGAUCGUUCGUUCCUCGGUCGGCUGCCGCCUCCGGCGCGAGACGCGCUCAGCACCGGAGGCGUGUGCCACUUCCUCUGCGUGUACAAGUCCGAACGCGGGGAGAUCUUCCAGUUCGACUUCGGUCCGUUCGGUGGCGACGUGCACAGCGCGAUGUUGAGCGACACCGGGUCGUCGUCGUCGUCGUCGUCGUCGUCCACGCCCGGUCACGUCCGCGAGAAGAAAUUAGACGCGUUGCCCGCCAACGGAACGUACCUCGUCGGGAAGACGUCGAUGACACUCGACGACGUCCGCGCGUUCAACAAGAAGCGAGAUACCAUCUACAACGUGAACAAGAACGACUGCCGGCAUUACGUGAACGACCUGUGCGAGCUCGGGUGCGGGUUCACGAACGCGUGCAGCAAGUACGUCAAAGGCGAGGUGUUCGGCCGCUCGAUGUUCUCUCGCGCCGCCGAGGAGCGCGCGGAGGAACGCCGACGACGCGCGACCGAGCUCGCGGUCCUCGUGCCGAUCAUGGCGGUCACGGACCUGGAGAACGCGCCGCUGUGGGAGCGCUUGCAGCAUGGGUCGACCGCGGCGCUGAUCAUCGGCGUCGGCGUUCGUGCGGUGCCGCCAGCGCUCGUCGCGGUCGCGUCCGCGCGCGCCGCCGCGGCCGGGGGGGCGAGCGCGAAAGUGGCCGCGAGCGCGGGGAUGAGCCUGGGCGCCGCGGCCGCGGGCCUCGGCGGCGCGAUCGAGGCGAUGGGCGCGGGGGGCAUCUUAGCGAGAGCGGCCGCGGCGUCGAAGCCGCUGGUAGCGCCGGUGGCGAGAAGGUUGAUCACGACAGCCGCGGGGGUCAUCGGCGGCGCGUCGGAGGACAUUCAGAGGACGGUUCGUCCGGGAUACGACAGGGCGGUUCGCGCGAUGAGUUCCAUAAGGGGUAACUGGGGGGGGAGCGGGGCGCAGGGACGGCGGGCGACCCCUGCGUUGGGAUGGGCGGGCCAGCGGAACUUGCAAGCCGCGGGCGGGGGCAAGCCUUGA